AUGGCGAUCUUGACACUUGCACUGAGCGUUGCAGGCGCACUUCUAGUGUAUCUGUUCAUACGCCCUCGCCUCCAGAGCUCCAAGUCCAACAUCAACUUUCCUUCAGGGCCUCCUACCAUACCAUUCCUCGGAAACCUCCAUCAAAUCCCAUUGACAAAACCCUUCAUCCAGUUUGCAGCAUGGAGCCGCACGUACGGAUCGCACGGCCUCGUCGGCCUGUCACUCGGACCCAGCAACAAAGCCGUCGUCCUCAAUACCUGGCAAUCCGUGCGCGAUCUCCUCGACCAGCGCGGGGCCCUCUACUCGUCCCGACCGUACGUGCCUAUCGUGGAGUACGUGCUACCCCCGCCAGGUGACAUUCAUCUCGUCUUUAUGCGGUACGGGCCCAAGUGGAGGAAAGAGAGAAAGACGAUCACAGACUUUCUGAAGGACGAAGAGGUUGACAAGCUUGUGUUGCUGCAAGACGCCGAGUCGUCGCAAAUGAUGCAUGAGUUGCUUUGUGAGCCUGCUGGAUACCACGAGCACAUUCUGAGGUACUUUGGCGCCAUCAUCAUGUCAAGCGUCUUUGGCACCCGCGGAAAGGAUUUUAGCGACGAGGGCAAGAUCAAGAAGUUCUUUGAAUGUCAAGCAGAGUGGGCAGGCAUGCUGGAUCAGGGCGCCGUUCCCCCUUUCGAUGUACUACCAUUCUUGCGAUACGUCCCGGAUUUCCUAACGCCCUGGCGAGGUUGGAAGCUGAGAGCCGCAGACCUCAAGUUGAAACAGAACGGAUUGUAUCAUGACUUGUUCGAGGACGCAAAAGCACGGAUUGGUCAGGGGAAGGCCGAAGAUAGUUUCGUGGCGGGACUCUUGCGCGAUAACGAAAAAGAAGGUUACAGCGAUAUUGAGCUGGAGUACAUCGCCGGCUUUCUGAUGGAAGGAGGCUCGGACACAACUGCCAGUGCUUUCGAAACUUUUGUGUUGGCCGUGGCUGCAUAUCCAGACAUCCAGAAAAGAGCGCAAGCAGAAGUUGAUGCGGUGUUUGGCGAAAGUGGUGUUCGUGGUGAACGCCUAACUGCAGAAACAUUACCUUAUAUCAAGGCUUGCUUUCUUGAGACUCUCAGGUGGCGACCAGGAUUCCCCAUGGCUAUUCCUCACGCAACAACUCGCGACGAUAUUUACAAGGGCUACAAUAUCCCCGCCGAAACCACAAUUCUCAUGAACAUCUGGGCCAUCAAUCACGACGCAGAUGAGUACGAGGAUCCGGACACUUUUGAGCCGGAACGAUUCAUGAAGAAUCCACUGGGUGUCAAGAGUCGCGAUCAGGAAUCCAAGGGGGCAAUCGAAGAUCAGUCGCGCCGGCCUACACACAGCUUCGGAGCUGGGAGAAGAAUUUGCGCCGGUCAGCGAAUGGCUGAGAAUAGCAUGUUGAUGACCAUGUCAAAGCUCCUUUGGUGCUUUGAUGUUGUACCGGGGAAUACGAUGCUGGAUACUUCGAUGCAGACUGCCUUCAAAGAUGCGAUCCUCACUGGUCCAAAGCCUUUCGAUGUCAGCUUCAAAGUCCGUGGCGAGGGACGACAGCGACAUCUUGUUGAGGAAUGGAUCAAGGCAGACAAAUGGCUGAAGAGGUUUGAGUAG